GCUUCUCGCCGAGCGUGCGUCACUGACCCUCUUCCAUUGCCGUAUUAUUGCUCGCUUUGCUCCACGUCGGCUGCACAGGCGCAGUCAGUGUUCACCUGCUGGGGUUGAAAGACAGCGAGCAGGAAGCCAGAGGCACGGAUUAUUAGAACAUCGGUAUUUAUAAUUAUAUGCAUAAUUUUGGUCUGAACAGCAACCGGAGCAUAACAAUAUGUUUAAGAAACUCAAAAAGAAAAUUACCGAGGAGCAGUCCCCACAGAAGAACACACAGCCUCAACAACAGGCCCAGAUCAGGGAUACAUUUUUUACCCCUUCUAAGUCCACAACCCCGCCUAUAGGUAACAGAAGCCGUUCCUCAUCCCUGUCUAACCGGCAGGAUGAAAGCACAAUCACUCCAGAUGACAGAGAGCUGCUAGCCGGGAUGAUAGCAGAGCCCGCUUUUCUCUCUGAAUAUACUAUCUUUGCUCUGGACCGUACCAUACGACCUAAAGCAGCUCAGAUUGCCAGUGCGAAUGUAAAUACGCCUCCCACAGAACCUGCAAGACCUGCUGGCAGUGUUAAUGGAGAUGAAGCAGAUAGCCCACAGAAGCCUGAGGCACAGUCUUUUGCACAGAAGCUCCAGCUGCGAGUACCCUCCAUGGAGUCUCUGUUCCGCUCUCCCUCCAAGGAGUCUCUGUUCCGCUCUCCCUCCAAGGAGUCUCUGUUCCGCUCUCCCUCCAAGGAGUCUCUGUUCCACUCUCCCUCCAAGGAGUCUCUGGUACGCAGCGCCUCGCGGGAGUCCUUGAACACCCUGGGGGAUCCAGAGUCUGCCGCCACCCCAACGUAUGACCCCCCCUCCGACAUUGAGAGUGAGGCUGAGGACACCAUAGGCAGUACAGACAGCCUCAGCAAGGAGCAGCUCCAUCACAGGCUUCGCAGGAUGGAGAGGAGCGUGAGCAACUACAGGGGGAAGUAUUCAGAGCUAGUCACUGCCUACCGAACAGUACAGCGAGAUAAAGAAAAAAUCCAGGCAAUACUUAGUCAAUGUCAAGACAAAUCACUUCGCAGGAUUGGUGAGCUGCGAGAGGAGCUGCAGAUGGACCAGCAGGCUAAGAAGCAUUUACAGGAGGAGUUUGAUGCUGCACUGGAGGAGAAAGAUCAGCACAUCACGGUUCUCCAGACUCAGGUGUCCUUGCUGAAGCAGAGGUUACACAGUGAUAAGGGGAAUGCUGACCUUACCCAGCUAACCACUCAGGCUGCAGAAAGACAGGUGGAAUCGGAGCCUCAGAUCUCCACACAGGAGCUCAACACAGAAAACACUAACCUGUCAAAUGAUGGCACCGGAGAUGCUUCGAAGACUCUGGAUGCCUUGCAGCAGCGAGUGAGACGGCAGGAGAAUCUGUUGCAGAAGUGCAAGGAGAUGCUACACACACAUAAGGAGCGCUCCACACAGCUGGCCAGCGAAAAGGAGGCACUGCAAGAACAGCUCGAGAAGCUGGAGAAAAUCAAGGAAUUCCAGAAUGUUGAAAAAACCAGGCUGAUUACUCAGCUCCGGGAUGCUAAGAAUUUGAUUGAACAGCUGGAGCAAGAUAAGGGAAUGGUCAUUGCAGAAACCAAAAGGCAGAUGCAUGAGACUCUGGAGAUGAAAGAGGAGGAAAUUGCCCAGCUCCGCUCUAGAAUCCUGCAGACUACAGCAUUGCGCGAGGAGCUGCAGGCGCAGAAGGAGAAGUCGGAGAAAGCUGCAUUUGAGGAGCUGGAGAAGGCGGAGGGAGCCCGGCUGCGACUGAAGGUCCGAAUGGAGGAGCAGAUCAAGACCGUGGAAAAGACCAGUGAGGAGGAGCGUAAAAACCUACAGCAGGAACUCUCCAGGGUUAAACAGGAAGUGGUCAACAUCAUGAAGAAGUCCUCAGAAGACAGGAUAGCAAAAGUUGAGAAGAUGCAUGCAGAAGCCCUGGCCAGCAAAGAUCAAGAGCUGACUCGGAGACUACAGACACAGAUGGCCCAGUUACAGGAGCAGAUGAGUACGGCUUUGGAGAAAUGUCAGGCUGAGAACAUGCAGGUGAUUCAGGAGAAGGAGCAUCAAGCUGCACUUGCCUUGGAGGAGCUGGAACUGCAGAAGGCGGCCAUACAGUCUCAGAAUAAGAACCAGGUACAGGAGCUGCAGCAGGAGCUUGAAACAUUCAGCAAUAAAGUACUUGAAUUGGAAAGUUCCCUGGCAAAGAGUUCUCAGUGCGGGACUGACCAGUCGGAUGAGCUUUUUGCACAGAUUGAGGCCGAGAAGAACAAGCAUCAAGCAGAAAUCGCAGCAAUGGAGGAAAAGCACAGGGUAGAGAUUGAUCACAUCAGACAGGAACUCUGGGAUCUCUGGUCUGACAAACUUCAGACCACAAAGAAGCAGUACCAGACUUCUGUGGAGGAGCUCCAAGAGAAACACACCCAAGAGCUGGAGGCCUUACUGAAUAAAAAGGAGUCCCAGUUCCAUUCCCAUAUCGAGGACAUGAACCAAAAGACCCUGGAAAAACUUGAUGUCAAUCAGACUGAGCUGGAGACUCUCUCAUCUGAGCUGACAGAAUCACUGGAAGGAAGGAAGCUUUUAGAAGAGCAACUGGCAGUCUUAAAUGAUACCAUCAACUCUAUUAAACAGGAGUACGAGAUUAAACUAGAGCAGGAGAAAUCCAGGUACCUGGAUGAGGUUGAAAGCAUAAAAUCAGAGCUUGAGCAGUCAUUAGGAGGUGUCGAGAAGACUCUGAAGGAGGAACUUAAUAAUCUCAAGAUGGUCCUGGAAGAAAAGGAAAAACAGUUGGGGGAACUGCAGGCAAGAGAAAGGGAACUGAAGAAAAAUGCUGAGAAGCAUCAGCAGGAGACAGCUGCUAAAUUUGAACUGCAGAUGGAAGAGCUAAGGGAAAAUGUGAAAAGGGCAGAAGCAGAAAAGGAGGGUCUGACAGAAACCAGCUUGACACUGAAUCAGGUUAACUCUGAACUGGAGAAUUGUAAAUGUCGGGUACAGCAGCUGGAGCAGAAGCUGGAAGAGGUGCAGAAGGAAUCUGAUGAGAAGGUGUCUUCUCUCCAGGCAGAGCAUACCACAGAGAUUUCAGAGCUUCAGAGCCAGAUUGAGAAGGUUAAAAUGGAGCUGUCUGAAAGCGAACAAUCUUGGACUGAAAAAUUGGAGGUACAUCGCCAGCAGGAGAAUGAUUUAAAUAAACACCUAGUGGAGGUACGAACUGCAAGCGAACAGAGAAUAGAUGCUGCUAGAACAGAGUGCGAAACCAAGCUUAAAGCAAAUGAGGCGAAGAUGGACAAAAUAAAGCAGAAGGCCAAGGAGAUGCAAGAGAAGUUUAAGAAGAAGCUCUCUGAUCAAGAGGUCAAGCUGAAGGAACAGUGUGAUAAAAAGCAGCAAGAGCUGAACCAGAAGGAAAAAGAGUUCAAUGAGAAGAUCCUGGAAAUGGCCCAUGCUGGUUCUGCUGGGAUCAGUGAUGCGGUCUCGCAGCUGGAGCUGACCCAGAAGGAGCAGCUGGAGAGUUUGAAGGAGUCUCACCGGAAAGGGCUGGAGGAGCUGAUCCAAGGAUGGCAGCAGAAACUCAGCCAGCAGGAGGAGGAAAUGCAGGAGAAGCAUGAGGUCGAGCUGCAGGAGAAAGUGCAGGAGGUGGAUGAGGCGAGACAGCAGCUUGGGGCCACCAGGGAAGAGAAGGAGCAUCUUCUCAAUGAGGUGAAGGGCCUCAGGGAGGAACUAGUGAUGAGGGAGACCACAGUGCAGAAACUACAGGCAGAGCUAAAGGAGGCUGCUGCACAAGUGGAAAAUUUGUCCAAGGGGGAAAACAUGCUGAAGGAGCAGGUGGAGGCAAUGGAGAAUAACCUUAGUCAAGUUUUGAAUGAAAGAAACUCUCUCCAGAACCAGUUCAGUAAGGCUGAAGAAGAGAGCAAUAAAAGGGAACAGGAGCUAGCAAAACAGCUAGAGGAGACCCAUGGCAAACUAACAGCACUGGAAGCCUCACAUUGGAAAGAAGUUGAAGAUCUCCAGAAGAAACUCAAAGAAAAGGUCCUUGAAAUGCAGUCCAAGGAGGAGGAGUUCAGAAAACAGCUUCAUCUGCAAACAGAACAUUUAUCUCUUUCCUGCAAUGAAGUUCAGAGAAAAAUGGAAGUUAGUGCUGAUGAGUUCCGUGACAAAUUGAACAGCAAAGUCGGUGCCCUUAGCGAUAGAAUUGCCUGCAACCAGAAGCAGGCAGCACAGCUUAAAAAUGUCAUCCUGACCAAGAUUGAACAAAUCAGCCAUCUAGAAAUACAGCUCCAACAAAUAACAGCGGAGAAAAUGGCAUCAGAAAAUUCAUUGCUGCAGAUGACCAAUCAGAUGCAGGAAAAAGAAGAACAUAUUAAAGCCUUUAAAACAGAGAAGGAAUCUUUAGAAAAAGACAGAGGCAGCCACUUGGAAAGUCUGUCCGAGAAAGACAUUUGCAUUGAGCAGCUGAGAAAGGAACUGACUGCAAGUACAGAGACCAAUAUAAACAUUUCUGAAAACCUGAAAGAAAAGGAAGCCCAAAUCUGUGGCCUAGAGGGUAUGAUAAAUGACUUGAAAACCCAGCUUGCCAAUAGUGUAGGUCUUGCAGACAAGGAAGAAGCCAUAUUGUUACUAAAUCAACAACACAGGGAGGAGCACCAGAAGCUAAUAAACCAAAUGCAAGAGUUAUCGAAGAGCAUGGAGGCUCUUAACCAGGAGAAGUCAUCUGCCCUUGACCAGGCAGAGCAGUGGAAGAGCAAGAUGUCAGACUGGAAAAAGAAGACAGAAUCCAAGUUCACGCAGAACCACAAUACUGUCAAGUCACUGCAGGGCAAGUUGGAAGAGAUGGAAAAGCAAAUCUAUGAGAAAGAUGAACAGUUGGGCAAGCUCACAGACGAUAUUGAUAAACAGUCUUGUAGCAAGUCUGAGAUGGACCUGGUGUUGAGCGAGAAAGAGAAAAAAAUAGGAGAGUUAACUGCUGAGCUGCAGAGCUGUAUAAUCAAGGUUAAGGAGCUGGAAGAACAGCUUACCAAAAAGACUGAGGAACGUGAUCAACUUAUUGUACAACUGCAGCAGAAGAAUCAAGCAAAGGAUACAGAACAGAAAGAGCUGGUGCUGCAGCUUCAGCAGGCUCAGGUGCAGUUCUCUGAAAAGGGCAGCAGAGUCAAUGAAACUGAAGAGAAGUUACAGACUAUAGAAAGGGAGACAGAAACUCUCAAGCAGGAGUUUGAGCUCAAACAAGAGAAGAUGAAAGCAGAACUCCUGAAGAUCAAAGAAGAAGAACUCAAGACAGCAGAAGAAAGAUGGUCUGCAGAGAGUGCCGGUAAACUGGCCGAGCUAAAGAAGAAAGCCGAACAGAAGAUUGCCAUGGUGAGGAAGCAGCUUACCUCACAAGUGGAAGAGAAGGAACAGGUUGUUAAAAACUUGGAAAGUCAGUUAGAUGAGUUGAAACAGACAGUGGAUAAGAAAGAGGAAAGUGUCAAAGCCUUGCAGCAAAGAGUGAAUUCACUUGAAGAUUCAGUAAACAGGGAAGAGAUGGAAAAGCAAAUCAAGAAUUUAAGGGAAGCCAGCGAGCUGGAGAAAGAAAGCACUUUGCAGAAUCUGAAGGAAAUGUAUGAGGAGAAACUGAAUGUUCUGCAGAAAGAUCUGGCUGAUAGGGACCUCCAAGUACAGAAGAUGCAGGAGAGGGAGACAGAAAAGGGGGCUACUGAAGAGGCACAGAACAGGUACGAAGAGCUUCAGAAUAGCUUGGAGCAGGCAGAGGAAGAGAAAUGCAGACAACAGGCAGAAGUUUUCAGGCUUCAGGAAGAAUGGCAGAAGCAGAGUGAACUGCAUUCCACCUUGCUUGAUCAGCAGACAGAAUGGACUGCAACAUUGUCAGAUCUUCAAAAGCAACUGCAAGACAAGGAAGGAAAGAUUCAGGAAAUGGAAAGCAGCUUAGAGCAGAUGAAGAAAAACAUGCAGGCAAGAGAAUCAUCUGAGAAGUCACUGGAACAGAAAAUAAAGGAGCUGGAAGCCAGUUUAGCCAAGGACAAGGAGGACUUUAAAGUAGAAAAACACUCCUUGUCUGAGCAGUCUGAAGUAGAACUGAAAGUCCUCAGCCAGCAACUGGAGAAGAGUGAGUCCCUUUUGAGAGACUACGAGGAAGGUUCAGAACAGAAGAACAAGUCUGAUUCGGAACUCCAGAACCUUCUAGCAGAGAUGAGAGCCAAGCAGAAAGAACUAGAUGGCAAGCUGCAGGAGGCAGAUGGUGAGAAACAGAAACUGCACAAAGAGAUGACAAGGCUGCAGAAGGACAUCCGCUCCUUGCGUAAAGAACACGAGAAAGAGCUGGAGUAUGUAAAGAAAGAGAUGGCCGAAGAAAAUGAACUAAAAAUGAAGCUAGAGCUUGAGGAUCUGGAGAUAAAGCAUCAUUCCAGCCUGAAACAGGUAAUAAGGGAAUUCAACACCCAGAUAGCCAAAAAGGAGCAAGAUCUGGAUUCUGCUGUGCAGGAAGCUAUUGGCAAGGCCCAGGAUGUUGAGACGGAGUUGUUGAAUACUUAUCGGGAAGAGACAAGUCAGCUCUACAGGAAAAUCGGACAAAAAGAGGAUGAGCUCAAACAAACUGCCCAGAACUACGAGCAGAUCUUACAGAACCGAGAGGAGGAGAUGACGUGCAGAGUGAACGAACUACAGAAACAGCUGGAGGAGCUCCAAAUGGAGAGAGAGCAGAGGCUAAAGGACAAGAAGAAUCAGAACAGUGAACAGGGUUCCAUGUCUGAGCUGCAGGCACAGCUCGCGCUAAAAACAACACUACUCAGCAAAGCAAAACUAAAGGAACAGGAGUUCCAGGAAAGAAUCCAUUCACUUGAAGACAAGCAAAGAACUUUUCCUAAGAACUCUGUUGUGACACAUCUAGGAACACCAUACAGAGGUGGAAAACACCACAGCGAUGGCUUGCCAGAACCAACAGAAUUUGAAUACCUGAGAAAAGUGAUGUUCGAGUACAUGAUGGGACGAGAGACAAAGACCAUGGCAAAGGUCAUCACUACAGUACUCAAGUUCCCGGCAGACCAGGCUCAGAAGAUCCUAGAAAAGGAAGAAUCUCGACCACUGUUUGCCUCCCUUCACAGUGGUGUCUUCUGAAUAGAGUGAGGUCAGGCAGUGCAUGGUUAGCAUGGCGCUACAGUGGUGAAGAUGGGGGAGGUGGAUGGAUGCAAGAAUAAAAGAUAAAGAUAAGUCUGGAAACGUUUAAGUAAAAUUCCUUUCUGAGCCAAUAUGUUACCAGGAAAUUGAAGUACUUCACUUGGAUGUCCUGUUUCCUUUUUGUCGGAGAGUGUCUAUAAAUAGCAGAUUUUGUAUAAAGUUACUAUUACCUUACUGAGGGAGUAGUAUCUCGUCAGAAAAAAAGCACAAGGUACGGAGUGUAUCAUGUUAUGGUGAUAUUAAAUCUGUCGGUCCUUAUGUCGCUUACAAAUAACUGCUUAUCCAAAUAUCAUGAAACUUGAAAAUGUCUAAUGAAUCUAUGGGCAUAUACAACAAUCUGUCCAACUUAUUUUUUCAUUUGACUGAUACCUCUCAUUUUGUAUGUAUUAAUGAUAGUUAAACUAGGCAACUAGCAAUGCCAGAUCACUACCAUGCAUGUAAAGGUGUCGGACUGCUUCACAGUUUCAGUUUGAAAACAAUGCUGUUAUGAGGUAAUGGGCCUCGAAUACUGUUGGGUAAGUCUUUAAACAUUUUUGUUGUCAUAAUAAUUUUAAAAUGUGUACCAUUCAACUGGUACCUCAGACUCGGAUUGUACUGCCAAAAUGUGUUUUGUGUUUUUUCAUUGUGAAAUGAAUAGGUUUUAAUUUGUCAUUCUUUUGGUGUCCUGUCAGAUGUUUACUGCAUGCAUUGCGUUCCUUUCUCCAUUAUGCAUCUGUGUUUGAUCAGCCGUUUGUUUUUGUGUUUGGUGAAAUACAAAAGAAUCUACUAAGCUUCACUUUAUUCUUGUUUUAGACUUGGCUACGAUGAGCAUCCUGAAGACAAUUGGAAAAUGUGAUAAUCACAGCAUCCUGCCAGAUACAGUGGUGGCCAAAACCAGCUAUAACAAUGUUGAAAUAUGGUGCGGUACAUUAAAGAAAGUCUUGUCUUGAUUAUUCUUUUGGAAAAGGGUAAUGGGAACUAGAUUGGUUUGACAUACCAUAAAAUCGUCACUUUUUAAUUGAAGCCUGGGAUAUACUUGUAGCCCAGCACAAAAAGAUCAGGGCCCGUCUUAUCAACUAUUGGAAAAUUGCAGACAAAUUGCCCCCUACAUAGUAAAUGUACUGUAACUACAUGGGAAAUUGGGGCCAGGGAUUCUGUAUAAUGAAUUGGUCGGUAAUUGGAGAAAAAAAAAAGUCUAGUUCCCAUCAGUAAUACAGGUUUAUUGUAUACAUUUUAAUUCACGCAGUUUAAAUGAAAUCAAUUUCUUCCUUUUGUUUCUGUUUAGGUUUAGUAUGGUUUGAUGGAUUGUGCAAUAAUUGUAAUCUUUUAUUCCCUUUUUCUUUCCUGUUAUAUCAUGCUGCUUUCAUUUUACUUGUGUCUGUAGAGUUUGUUCAUUGUACUGUGCUCCAAUCGGUUCCCAAUGCUUCUGCUGAAAAUGACACUGGAUUCCAGUACCUCGUUUGUUUACUAAAGCUUUUGUACUUUAUAUUUUUUGGGGGAGAAAAAAACUAUUGUAAAUUGUAAAUAAAUGGUUCAUAUCUGUACCAUAGGGCAUAUUGUAACUGUUGCAAUGUUAAUACAUUUGGUGAACAGUUAAUAAAAUUUUAUUUACAAUA